AUGCAGCAUGAAGUGCACCGCGGUCUGAGCUCUCGCUUUCGCUUUCCACUCUUCACCCUCACGACUAUCCAUCUUUCUGCUGUGGACGUAGGUGCUAAUUUUGUGGACUUCAAGUCUGCUGCAGCAGCAUCUCGUACAACUCGACAAGGCAUCCUAUUAGCUAUCGCGACGAGUCGCAAUUUUAAUGUUUUAAUCCAUAUAUUCCAGCUAGUCUUGUUUAAAGACAGAAUCUAA